AAAAAUCUUGAAGGCUACUACGUGCUAGGUAAUUUCACAUACUUUAUUGGAGAAAACAAAAUUUUUCAGAGCUUGUUUCCUGACGCAGUCACACAGUGAACUAGCGGCAAAUCCAAACUGUACUUUGGGCCAAGAUAACCCUAAACCCGUUCAUUUUCCUCAAUCCCACCAGAAAUCACCCUAAAGAGGAGGGAGAUUUAUUUUUUUAAAAAACUGAAACGUCUGUAGGUCACAUUUAUUAUUUCCCAUUAAAAAUGAAAAAGUUUCUAUUAAAUCCAAUAAGGGGGAAAUGAAUAUUCCUUCAAUUUAGGUUUGUUCCUUUUAUGGAAUAAAAUAACGCGUUAGAUAAGUGUCACUGCUUUUUAGCCACUCAUACAUUACCAUUUGGAAUUAUUUAGUAUUUACAACCCAAAGUUGAUUCUCUAAUCUAUUUCUCAUCUUUGUGUGAUAAUUUUACAAAAUGUCCUCUUCAUUUUUGAAGACAAAGAAACAUGAAACGUCCACGAUCAAAUGAUUCCCCGUGUUGUAUUAGACAAACCCGAAGCAAAGCCUCUGGCGGGCGCUGGAGAAGCCGCAGCUGCAGACACCGCGGCAGUCUCAAGACACCACUGAGUGACUGUCCGUUAAGCUGGAAGCGGAUGUGGCAUUUCAAAGGGGCACGAAAUGCAACUGGCUAGGAAGGAGGGAUUCCGCCGCAGGGCUGCUGCGUCCGCGGGACCGAGACGCCUAACCGGAAGAGCUAGCAGGAACGCCGGAUGCCGCUGGGAGGCGUCCGGAAGCGCGGCGGAGCGGGGGACUACAUUUCCCAUAAGCCCGCGGGGCAGGGCGAGGGGCGGGCGUCGGGGACAUUACCGGACAGGCCUUGCCCGGCAAUACCAAGGUAAAUGCCGGCGCCGCGGCUCCGAGGGAAGAGAAACUUACGAUCUGCGCCUAGAUUUUUACUAGAACCCUCCUAACCCAUCCCCCGAACUGACAAAAACGACUCUUCCAUCCGGGAGACUUUGGGAUUUCCGGGCCACAGGACUCCACCCCCCACAAUCUAGUCAGUCCCCCAACCAACGUUGGGCCUGGGGCACUUCCCAAAUGCCUAAGGACGCAGCGGGUUGCGCUAUUUCAUGCAGGCUCUUGGGAAAGCUGGUGCUGCUGCUGCCUGAUUCCCGCCGACAGACCUUGGGACCGGGGCCAACACUGGCAGCUGGAGAUGGCGGACACGAGAUCCGUGCACGAGACUAGGUUUGAGGCGGCCGUGAAGGUGAUCCAGAGUUUGCCGAAGAAUGGUUCAUUCCAGCCAACAAAUGAAAUGAUGCUUAAAUUUUAUAGCUUCUAUAAGCAGGCAACUGAAGGACCCUGUAAACUUUCAAGGCCUGGAUUUUGGGAUCCUAUUGGAAGAUAUAAAUGGGAUGCUUGGAGUUCACUGGGUGAUAUGACCAAAGAGGAAGCCAUGAUUGCAUAUGUUGAAGAAAUGAAAAAGAUUAUUGAAACUAUGCCAAUGACUGAGAAAGUUGAAGAAUUGCUGCGUGUCAUAGGUCCAUUUUAUGAAAUUGUCGAGGACAAAAAGAGUGGCAGGAGUUCUGAUAUAACCUCAGUCCGACUGGAGAAAAUCUCUAAAUGUUUAGAAGAUCUUGGUAAUGUUCUCACUUCUACUCCAAACGCCAAAACUGUUAAUGGUAAAGCUGAAAGCAGUGACAGUGGAGCCGAGUCUGAGGAAGAAGAGGCCCAAGAAGAAGUGAAAGGAGCAGAACAAAGUGAUAAUGGUAAGAAAAUGAUGAAGAAGUCAGCAGACCAUAAGAAUUUGGAAGUCAUUGUCACUAAUGGCUAUGAUAAAGAUGGCUUUGUUCAGGAUAUACAGAAUGACGUUCAUGCCAGUUCUUCCCUGAAUGGCAGAAGCACUGAAGAAGUAAAGCCUAUUGAUGAAAACUUGGGGCAAACUGGAAAAUCUGCUGUUUGCAUUCACCAAGAUAUAAAUGAUGAUCAUAUUGAAGAUGUUACAGGAAUUCAGCAUUUGACAAGCGAUUCAGACAGUGAAGUUUACUGUGAUUCUAUGGAACAAUUUGGACAAGAAGAGUCUUUAGACAGCUUUACGUCCAACAAUGGACCAUUUCAGUAUUACUUGGGUGGUCAUUCCAGUCAACCCGUGGAAAAUUCUGGAUUUCAUGAAGAUGUUCAAGUACCUCCUGGAAAUGGCAACAUUGGGAAUACGCAGGUGGUUGCAGUUGAAGGAAAAGGUGAAGUCAAGCAUGGAGGAGAAGACGGCAGGAAUAACAGCGGAGCACCAUACCGGGAGAAGCGAGGCGGAGAAAGUGACGAAUUCUCUAAUGUUAGAAGAGGAAGAGGACAUAGGAUGCAACACUUGAGCGAAGGAACCAAGGGCCGGCAGGUGGGAAGUGGAGGUGAUGGGGAGCGCUGGGGCUCCGACAGAGGGUCCCUAGGCAGCCUCAAUGAGCAGAUCGCCCUCGUGCUGAUGAGACUGCAGGAGGACAUGCAGAAUGUCCUUCAGAGACUGCAGAAACUGGAAACGCUGACUGCUUUGCAGGCAAAAUCGUCAACAUCAGCAUUGCAAACGACUCCUCAGCCCACCUCACAGAGACCAUCUUGGUGGCCCUUCGAGAUGUCUCCUGGUGUGCUAACGUUUGCCAUCAUAUGGCCUUUUAUUGCACAGUGGUUGGUGUAUUUAUACUAUCAAAGAAGGAGAAGAAAACUGAACUGAGGAAAAUGGUGUUUUCCUCAAGAAGACUACUGGAACUGGAUGACCUCAGAACGAACUGGAUUGUGGUGUUCACAAGAAAAUCUUAGUUUGUGAUGAUUACAUUGCUUUUUGUUGUCCAGUAGUUUAGUUUGUGUACAUAUAUACACAUAUAUAUUUUGCACUACACAAACGAUAACAUUUUAAGGACUAAUAUUGCUGAUACUUGAAUAAUCAAUCUCUACUAGGUUAUAAGUAGUAUAAACAGAUUUACCCUGCCCUUGAACUUGAAGGACAUUAAAUUAUUAAUGAUCAUUUGGUAACAUGUUUACCUGAUUAUCUUCCAUAGAGUAACAUAAGCUGCUUUUCAAAGGUACCAUUGUGAUAAGGAGAUCAAAUUUAUAAGUUAUUAUUUCUAAUUUUCUAAAUUAAAUAAAAGAAAGAAGGCAAACCAGGAGUGAAUUUCAAAUGAGAUGUAAUCGACUUUAUAUCUUAGUCACGGAGUUGCCAUGCUACGUAGUAGAAAACCACAGGAAGAAUCGUCAUAUUCACUUUGUGGGCUGCCCAUAAUCUUUCUUGGGCAUUCACAACUCUUGAGUUUGGUGUUCAGGCACCAUUAUUAAAAAGUGGAGUCCUAUGUACCAGACUGAGUUUUUACAAAUGAUUUGCAGACUAGACAUAACCCGCUGAUGGAAAUGGUGAAGAAUGAGCUUCAUAUAGGUUUAAAAGUGUAUUCUGAGCCUGUAGAUGAUUAAUAAGGUUUUUAUUCAAUCAUAUAAAUGUACUUCUUUGUAAUCAUUUUUGUUUAACUGAGGAUAUCUAGUGUCUGCUUCAUAGGGUGCUUUGAAAUAUAAAAUGAAAACUUAUUUAUACUGUUUUUACAACAGUCAAAAAGGAAACACAUGAAAAUCACUUUUCUGCAACUGAUGAACUAUACAGACUGGACUCUUAACCUCUUAGUGCCUCAGUUUUUCCUUCGGGGUAUACUAUUUUAGAUACACCUACUUCACAGAGUACUGGAGGGAUUUGCAAGCUAACGGGCCAAAUGCUUCCAUAGGAAUAAGGCAUGCCCAACUAACAGAAAUUUAAGUCCCUCUUCCCCACCUCUCUCAUCUAGACCAAAAAGAAGACUAUAAUUUAGGUCCUUGGAGACUUUUCCUGUAUGCCUUCCAAAACUUCCUGCCCACUUAGAUGUACCUUGUGCUUUGAAGAUUUCUUUGAUGCAGUCUUUGUAGCAAAUAAUUUUUUUUUAAAACGGAGUUUCUCUCUUGUUGCCCAGGCUGGAGGGCAAUGGCGCAAUCUCGGCUCACUGCAACCUCCACCUCCUGGGUUCAAGCAAUUCUCCUGCCUCAGUCUCCCGAGUAGCUGGGAUUACAGGCAUGCGCCACCAUGCCUGGCUAAUUUUAUAUUUUUAGUAGAGACGGGGUUUCUCCAUGUUGGUGAGGCUGAUCUCAAACUCCCAACCUCAGGUGAUCUGCCUGCCUCGGCCUCCCAAAGUGCUGGGAUUACAGGCAUGAGCCACUGCGCCUGGCCUGUAGCAAAUAAUUUUUAAGCAUUCUCAAGAUGUACGAUGUUGGGUUUAGCAUCAUAUGUUCAGAGUGUUUUAAAUAAGAAAUAAUCUGUCUUUAGUAUACAGGAUGGUUCUUUGUUUGCCUGAAAAGUAUAAGAAUACAAUUUACUUUUCCCAAACUCUUUUUUCCUUAUUUUUUUCUUUCAAAUAACUUUAAUUAUUUAAUCCCAUACUGAUUAAAAUAUGUCUGUCUAAAGGGAUCUACUACUUUUUAAAAACACUUUUUAAAAAGUGUUCCCUAUUUAUUUAGGAAAAAGUGAAGCAAGCAACUGAAUUUAUAUGUGACAAUAACAUUUAGACCUGUGGGUCAAAGUUUAUUUUCAAAAAUUAGAUAUCAAUUUGGCAUCAGUAAAAAGUGUCUUUUCUCUUAGUAUAUAAAUAAAAUGCAAAUUAAGAGUGUAAGCAGUUGUGAAUCAUUACAAGCAGUCUGGGAUAACUAACUCCUAGGGAUAACCAUUUCUAUCCUGUUCCAAAGUCUUAUUUUAUAGUUUGAAAAGCACUUUGCACACAGUUCUUGUAUAUAAAAGUAAAGAUGUAAUUAUAGGAUAUAGUGUUCCUGCUUUGUUUAAUAAGAACCUCAUUUAAACUUGACAGCUAUGGUAUUUUUUUAAUGAUAACUUCUUUUCUGUUUAUUGUAAAACUAAGUUAAAAAUAAAAGGUUAAUGAGAAAUGA